AUGACUACCUUGGAUUCCAUUCUGGCAGGCCGAUACCCUGCCAAAGCCCAUGCCCGCCGGGUUGCCGAGCGUCUUCAAGUGGGCGGCUCUGGCCGGAAUGGGAUUAUUUACCUUGAAGCACAGAAAACUCGACUGAUCGAGGAUAAUGAUGAGGCGAUGCACUUCAGACAACGCCGACCCUUUUUUUAUUUGUCAGGGUGCCCGCUGCCAGAUUCGUCUCUGAUUUAUAACAUUGCGUCUGAUAAAUUGACCCUGUUUAUCCCACCAAUUGAUCCAGAGGAUGUGAUUUGGUCAGGUCUUCCCAUGUCUGUUGCAGAGGCACUGAGACUCUACGAUGUUGACCAAGUGCUACACACUACCGAUGUAAAUGCCACGUUGGCCUCUAUUGCCUCGGAUGGGAAUGGUAAAUCUGUUGCCUUUGCGAUCGAGGGCCAGAUUACAGAAGGAAUCAAAUUCGACGGGUUUCUCGAAACCAAUACUUCCGUAUUGAAGGGAGCCAUCGACAGCACGCGUGUAGUCAAGGACGAAUAUGAGAUCGCGCUCUUGAGAAAGGCAAAUGACAUUUCCGCCAAGGCGCAUAUAGCUGCCAUUGAAGCAUCUAAGACCGCCACCAAUGAGCGUGAGAUUGAGGCUGCUUUCCUCGCAACCUGUAUCGCCAAUGGUGCCCGUGAUCAAGCUUACCACCCCAUCGUUGCCUGCGGCCAGAACGGAGCCACUCUCCACUAUGGAAGGAAUGAUGACGACUUAGUUGAUCCAGUCACCAAGGCGGGGAAGUCAAGUGUCCUUAUCGAUGCUGGGGCGGAGUACAGAACAUACUGUGCUGAUAUCACGCGUGUUUUUCCUUUGGGUGGAAGAUUUACCAGUGAAACACAGGAAAUUUACAAAAUUGUGCUACAGAUGCAGUUGGAGGCUAUCGCAAUGUUGAAAGAAAAUGUGCAGUGGGAAGAUGUCCAUGCGCAUGCCCAUCGCAUUGCGAUCAAGGGCUUGCUCAAAUUGGGAAUUCUGCGUGGCUCUGAAGACGAAUUGUUCGAGAAGAGGAUUAGCGUCGCCUUCUUCCCUCAUGGUCUAGGCCACUAUCUGGGCAUGGACACCCACGAUACUGGUGGCAACCCCAACUAUGCAGAUAAAGACACCAUGUUCAAGUAUCUACGCGUGAGGGGCCGUUUACCCGCAGGAUCAGUUAUCACCGUUGAACCAGGUAUCUACUUUUGCCGGUUCAUCAUCGAACCGUACCUGACCUCCCCUGAGACCAGCAAAUAUAUUGAUACCAACGUCCUUGAGAAGUAUUGGAAUGUUGGGGGAGUACGCAUUGAAGAUAAUGUCCACGUUACUCAGCAAGGUUACGAGAAUCUGACCACAGCGCCAAAGGCUAUAGAAGAAGUGGAAGUUCUAGCCACUUAG